AUGAAAGGAUGGAUCCAUCCACCUGUCGAUAUUGCCGAUCUACCUACAUAUCCAGGAUCAAUGAUUCGCGACAAAAAAGUUGUUGCAACUUUUUCGACUGUUCCAAAAAGUACUUCAACAACAUCCAAACAAUCAAGUCAAGAUUCUAAUUCUCAAUCAGACCAUGUUCAGACUGAAAUUCCGCAAUUAAUUGAUUUUGUUUCUUCGCCAAAGAGUGGACAUUUUUCUUUGAAUCAAACAGGGAUGAAGAGAGGUUUUUUAUUUUUAUCAUUUCUUCUUAAAAAUAUUCUAGAGUCCUCUUGUUAA